AUUUCUUCAGAAGGUGUCGCUGUGUCUCACGUGAAUGUGAGGUAACCACAAGGUGCGCGCGGAGUACCUGCUUUCAUCCCUCCGCCAAACUUUGGGUUCACUUUGGAUCCGUUGAUCACUUGAGCGCACAUUAGACACGCGAGUUACUUAUGUUUACACGGAGUCGUGUACUAUUUUCAGUCGUCUUCACAAGGUGUUGAAUUGCCGUCAUAUGUGUUAGUCUCAUCGUACUCAAGGUAAACGCGAGUUUUAGCGCAACUUCUUGACCUCCCACUCGUGCUGUGACGUGACUCGCAGCGGCUAGUAAUAAAUGAAACGCGCAAUUUGAAGCGUCCAGUUGUUCUGCUGCUUCAGCAGGCGCGCGUCUGUCACAUGCGGCGGAGCACAUUCAGACAGUACAGGAGGAAUUAUUAAAACCAGUGUUGUCAGUGUUUUGAAAGCGCCAACUGAGCAGUUGAAACAUUUGGCGUUGCAGUGUUUCCAUUGACCGCGCUGGACUGAAGCACCAAACCACUGGAAUAAAUUAUCAGCGAUUCAACUUCACAAAAUGAGCGCCGGGAAGAGGGUGGAAGAUGAGGCUGUGCUGGACAGAGGGGCCUCGUUACUCAAACACUUUUGUGAUCAGGAAGAGGUUGAAGGUCACCACACCGUAUACAUUGGCGUGCAUGUGCCUAAGAGCUAUCGUCGAAGGAGACGUCAUCGCCGACGCACCAGCCACAAGGACAGAAAGGAGAAAGUGACUGAGAACGCUUCGGACAGGUCAGACGCAGAGAACAAUGAGGAGGCCAGCAACAGCAUCCUCAAACCACUCAUUUCACCUGCUGCUGAGCGCAUCCGAUUCAUCCUGGGAGAGGACGAUGACAGUCCAGCGCCCCCUCAGCUCUUCACAGAGCUGGACGAGCUACUGUCUGUUGAUGGCCAGGAGAUGGAGUGGAAGGAAACAGCCAGGUGGAUCAAGUUUGAAGAGAAGGUGGAAAAAGGUGGGGAGCGAUGGAGUAAACCACAUGUGGCCACUCUGUCUCUACAUAGUCUCUUUGAGCUUAGGACGUGUAUAGAGAAGGGCACCAUCAUGCUGGACCUAGAGGCCUCCACUCUGCCAGGGGUCGUUGAAAUGAUCACUGACAGUCAGAUUGAGAAUGGUCUCUUGAAAGCUGACCUGAAAGACAAGGUCAUGUACACCUUGCUGAGGAAGCAUCGCCACCAGACCAAGAAGUCCAAUCUUCGCUCCUUAGCUGACAUUGGCAAGACGGUCUCCAGUGCAAGUAGGCUGUUUUCCACCCCGGAUAAUGGUAGCCCAACCACUACACAUCGCAACUUGACAUCAAGCAGCUUGAAUGAUAUUUCAGACAAGCCAGAGAAAGACCAGCUGAAGAACAAGUUUAUGAAGAAGCUGCCCAGAGAUGCUGAAGCUUCCAAUGUUCUCGUUGGAGAAGUGGACUUCCUGGACAGUCCUUUUGUGGCCUUUGUGAGGCUGCAGCAGGCAGUCAUGUUGGGGGCGCUGACUGAAGUGCCUGUGCCCACCAGAUUUCUGUUCAUUCUGCUUGGACCCAAAGGCAAAGCCAAGUCAUACCAUGAAAUUGGUAGAGCAAUCGCUACCCUGAUGUCUGAUGAGGUCUUCCAUGAAAUUGCGUACAAAGCCAAGGACAGACAAGAUCUCCUUGCUGGCAUUGACGAGUUUUUGGAUGAGGUCAUUGUCCUCCCUCCUGGAGAAUGGGACCCUGCCAUCAGGAUAGAGCCUCCAAAAUCCCUGCCAUCCUCAGAUAAAAGAAAGAACAUGUAUGCUGGAGGGGACAGCACACAGAUGAAUGGAGACACGCCUCACAGCGGUGGACACGGGGGCGGGGGGCACGCAGUAGGCGAUGAGCUGAAGAGGACGGGGAAGUUUUGUGGAGGCCUUAUUCUUGAUAUCAAAAGAAAAGCCCCCUUUUUCUUCAGUGAUUUCUAUGAUGCACUACACAUCCAGUCUUUGUCUGCCAUUCUUUUUAUCUACCUGGGAACAGUAACCAAUGCCAUCACGUUUGGAGGAUUGCUGGGCGAUGCCACAGAGAACAUGCAGGGUGUGCUGGAGAGCUUUCUGGGUACAGCGGUCACUGGAGCCAUCUUCUGUCUCCUGGCUGGGCAGCCUCUGACCAUUCUCAGCAGUACGGGACCAGUGCUGGUGUUUGAAAGGCUGCUCUUCAACUUCAGCAGGGAUAAUGACUUUGACUACCUAGAGUUCCGUCUUUGGAUCGGCCUGUGGUCGGCCUUCUUCUGUCUAGUCCUGGUGGCCACUGAUGCCAGCUUCCUGGUGCAGUAUUUCACCCGAUUUACAGAGGAGGGCUUCUCGUCACUUAUCAGCUUCAUAUUCAUCUAUGACGCUAUCAAGAAGAUGCUGAAGUUGGCCCAUUAUUACCCAAUCAAUCCAGACUAUAAAAUCGAUUAUGUCACGCAGUAUGACUGCAUGUGUAUGGCGCCCACUGAUGUCAAUUCUUCAGAUGUGUACACUGAUCCACUUGAUUCGACAUUUGUCUGGACUGUAAAUUACAGCGAUACACGCUUGAAUGCCAGCUGGUCCUCCCUGUCAAAGAAGGAAUGCCUGAAAUAUGGAGGGGAGCUAGUGGGCAAAUCCUGCGACUUUGUGCCAGACAUCACCCUCAUGUCCUUCAUCCUUUUCUUUGGCACCUACACCUGCUCCAUGUGUCUGAAAAAAUUUAAGACCAGCCCAUUCUUUCCUACUACUGUGAGGAAGCUCAUAAGUGACUUCGCCAUUAUCCUGGCCAUUUUGAUCUUCUGUGGUGUCGACGCUCUGGUUGGGGUAGAUACGCCAAAGCUCAUAGUGCCAAGUGAAUUUAAGCCAACAAGCCCAAACCGUGGCUGGUUUGUGCCACCGUUCGGAGGAAACCCCUGGUGGGUGUACCUGGCAGCAGCUCUGCCUGCCCUGCUGGUCACCAUCCUGCUCUUCAUGGAUCAGCAGAUCACCGCUGUCAUUGUCAAUCGCAAGGAGCACAAGCUUAAGAAAGGUGCAGGCUAUCAUUUGGACCUGUUCUGGGUUGCUGUGCUGUUAGCGGUGUGCUCUUUCAUGGGUCUGCCAUGGUAUGUAGCUGCUACGGUUAUUUCCAUCGCCCACAUUGACAGCUUGAAGAUGGAGACAGAGACAUCUGCCCCUGGCGAACAGCCCAAAUUUUUGGGUGUCAGGGAACAGAGAGUCACUGGUGUCUUUGUCUUCCUUCUCACCGGUCUGUCUGUGUUCAUGUCUCCUAUCCUCAAGUUCAUACCCAUGCCAGUGCUGUAUGGAGUCUUCCUCUACAUGGGUGUUGCUUCACUCAACGGAGUGCAGUUUAUGGACCGGCUCAAGCUGCUCCUCAUGCCUGCUAAACACCAGCCAGACCUGAUCUACCUGCGGCAUGUCCCAUUGAGGAAGGUCCAUCUCUUCACCUUUGUCCAGAUACUCUGCCUGGCACUCCUCUGGAUCCUCAAGUCCACUGUGGCGGCCAUCAUCUUUCCCGUCAUGAUCUUGGCUCUGGUUGCUGUGAGGAAGGCGUUGGACUAUGUCUUCUCCCAGCAUGACCUCAGCUUCCUGGAUGAUGUCAUACCCGAGAAGGACAAGAAAAAGAAGGAAGAUGAGAAGAAAAAGAAAAAGAAGAAACAAGGGAGCAUAGACAGUGACAUGGAAGAUGAGAAAAGUCCCCUUCAUUCCUUGACAGAUAUUCAUCGUGCUGAAAAGCGGCGCUACUUUCAGACCAGCCCAAUGUCAAGUUCAGAGAGACUGCCAUUAAAUGUGCCUCAGAUUAAAAUAGACAUGGACCCAGAUGACAGCAGUGGCUUCUACUGGAGGAGUCGAGGGUCUGAGACGUCCAUAUAACUCCUCCAGCCAAUCUGCAGCAUAGAUUUUAUUAAGCUUAUCCAAUUUGCAGAAAGCCAUUUGCCAAGGGAUAUUUUGUAAAGACUGUUCCCCAUCACGGAUCCUUUCUGUGAACGGCUUGAAGAACACUGGUCUUCCACUCACUUAAUCAUUAUGGUUUGCAAGUUGUAAUCCCUAAACUACUAUGCAAUUCAGUUCAUUGUUUCAUGUGCUGAGCUGUAGAGAAAUGCUGUAGCUGUUUUUCCACAAUUCCAGAACUACAUCCUCCAUUUUUCAGUACAAUAUGAAUCUUUCUACCGGAUUCACUUAACAUGCCACUAUUUUCCUUUUCCUUUAUUUUUUGCUGCUCUACCUCUGUUUCGCAUGGUAGGCGUUAUGUAAAAAGAAAACAACUUUUUCCAUUUUUUUUUUUUUUUUUAUUGCACAGCAUGAGAUUUUAAUGUUGAUCUUUUUUUAGUGUAUAUCUUGAGCAAACUAUUCAGCAAAUGACUUCUGUUAUGAUGAGAGAGAACAACUGUGACAUAAUAUAUUGUAAUAUUUAACUGUUGAUUAACUUUUUAAUGAUGAUUUAAUGUAAUUGAUUGGCAUUGAACCUGCUGUUUUUCAUAGUUUCAUUUAAUAUAAUGUGGUUUUACAUUUAAUUUGUUUCAUUUAACAAACAAUAUUUAUGCCUAAUUAUGCAAACAUGUUCUAAUAAGCUUGAUUAAUUCAUUUUGCAUUUCAAGUCUUGUUAGGCUUUUGCUUCCUUUCCUGGUUAUGGAAACCAUAAAAAGUCUACAUUUGUAAACCUACAUGUACUCCAUAUUGUCCUGCAAAUUAUUUACCUAAGUGGCUUAAACCUGAAUUGCAAUAAUACAUGAAAUUCCUUUAGGUUUAAGAUUUUUUUUAUUAUUAUUAUUUUUUGUGCACUAUUUACAUGUCUAGCCAUUGAAUGUCUUAUUGUCGUUUGUUAAAAUAAGUCAUAAAAUGUCAACAAAGUGGUACAUACAUUUGAAUGAAGAUUUUCAGAGAACAUUUGUGCUGUGGACAGGGAAAUAUGUCAUACAGUGCACGUCUGAAACAUGUUUUCCUUGAGACUUGAUUCUUCCAGGACCCAAAAUCCUAUGUUGAUUCCUGCUAAUUUGUCAUUAUUCUCCCAUCUUUCCAUAAUUUUUCCUUUUUCUUUAAAAAAAAACAAGCAAACAAAAAAUCAAUUGAUCAUACAGAUAGUAAACUGUAUUUUCAAAAUCAGCUUCUUUUAACCUUGUAAGUAUAAGAUUUUUAACUUAUAUUUUUGGGGGUACAUAAAACAUGAAAUUAUUGUGAAAGCAUGUCUGGAGAAAUUCUUGAACGUUUAAACAAUGCUAAAUAUUAAUUGUAGCGUGUAUAACUGAUACAUUUUUAAUCAAGUUUUGUGACUUUUUAGAACAAAACAGCUGAAAUUAUUUUAGAAUUUAUAUUUUUCAAAGGAAAUGAAUAUUAAAAAUGAACAGAAUUUAUUAAA